UACCGCGCUUCAGACGUCUUGCGCCUAAUUUCGCAACAAUUUUAAUUAUUCUUUGUUUUUGUUUCGUGAAUCACCAAUCGUGAUGCAAUUUAUUUAGUUUCAAUCACAAGUGAAAAAUACAAAUUGAAAACAAUCAAAUAAUUGUGCACGAUAUUUGGAAAAAACUCAAGAAUUCAAGCGCCACAGACGAGCGUAUUGAAUUGUCAUUCAUCGUGUGUGUGCACAGAAUAUUUUUCAAACGUGAAUAAGAAAAAUGUUUGGAGGAGCACCAAAAUUUGGAUCGCCAUUUGGCCAAAAUCAACAAUCAACAUUUGGUAAACCAGCAACAUUCGGAGCAAAUACAUUCGGGCAACAGUCAACACUUUUUACGCAGCCAGCAACAAGCGUAUUCGGUCAGCCAGCAGCGCCGAGUUUUGGAGCACCUGCACCAACAUUUGGACAGCCAGCAACAACCCAAUCGGCAUUUGGAUCCUUUGGCCAACAACAGCCACAACAACAACAACCGACUACAUCGUUGUUCGGUCAAACGCAAAAUGCUCAGGCCAGUUCAUCAUUAUUUGGGCAACCAUCAACAUCGACUGGUUUUGGUGUGACCAAACCGGCUGGUUUUGGAUUUAAUUCAAAUCAAACAUCAUUGUUCGGGCAACCAACAUCAACGGCACAAACAACAAACACGGGCUUCGGUACAUUCGGAAGCGCCGGUACAUCAGCAUUUAGCCAACCGCAAAUUAUGUCACAAGCAAAUGGUACAGCAGUUGCUAAAUAUCAACCACAUCCCGGCACCGAUACACUUAUGAAAAAUGGCCAAACAAAUAACAUUACAACGCGACAACAUUGCAUUACAGCAAUGAAAGAAUAUGAAGCGAAAAGUUUGGAAGAAUUGCGUUUAGAAGAUUAUACAGCCAAUCGAAAAGGACCACAAGCGGGCAGCGUUCAACCAAGUGGUGGACUAUUUGGUACAACACCACAAAAUACGAGCAUUUUUGGUGCGCCAGCAUCACAGCCACAAUCGACCGGUUUAUUUGGUGCACAAGCACCAACUAAUACACUUGGCGGUUUUGGUCAACCAGCACAAAAUACAUUUGGUCAACCAGCACCGGCUUUUGGUGCACAAAAUCAGCAAGCAAGUCUCUUCAAUAAGCCAGCAACAACCGGUUUUGGACAAGUACAGACCACAUUCAAUCAACAGCCCGCGAGUAAUUUAUUUGGUAACAAAACAUUUGGAGCCCCUACAACAACAGCAUCAGCCACUUUUACUGGAUUUGGCGUGCCUGCUGCAAAUGCGGCAACACCAUUUGGAGGUGCAAAACCAUUUGGCCAACCAACGACUGGUCUUUUUGCUUCAACAGCACCAGCAAGUGGAACCACUUUUGGAGCCAGUGCAACAUCAUUUGGUGCCGGUGGUGGAUUUGGUGCAACAGCACCAGCCACAAGUCAACCAUCAUUAUUCGGAACACAAACAAAUGCUGGCGGUGGCGCCCUGUUCAGUGGUCUAACAUCGUCAGCACCCAAUACAGGUUUUGGUGGUUUUGGAAAUCCAACAAAUACAGCAGCCGGCGGUUUAUUUGGAGCAAAACCAAACACGGGUUUUGGAUCGACAUUCGGUGCCCCGGCAUCUUCAGCCGCUCCUGGAUUCAGUGGACUUGGAACAUUCACACCAGCAGCAGGCUCGUCUUUCGGAACAUUCGGAAAUGUUGGUCAGUCGUUUAAUAAACCAGCCACAACUGCUUUUACUGGCUUCGGAGGAACAUCUGCAGCACCAACACUGACUGGAGGUAUGGGUCUUGGUUCCAAUAUGAUGGGAUUCGGCGGAGCUAAUACUGGUUUCCAACAGGCACAACAAGCAACUGUGCCCGUACAUCAACACAUCUUAUCGUUAGCAACAUCACCGUAUGGCGAUAAUCCGAUAUUCAAAGAUUUGAAGCCAUUUGGAAGCCUAAACGAAGAUGCACUCAAGCCAACAAAUCCAGCUGCACAAAAAGCCAUGUUGGAAUCGUCAGCAAAUCAAUACAAAAUUUCUCCGAAAGUUUCGAAUGGAUUAAGAAUAAAGCCAGUUGGAUCGACUCUAUCGAAGAAGUCAUUAUUCGGUGGCUUAGAAGAGUUCGACAGUUCCAUUGAGGAAAGUUUUAGCUUAAAACCAAAUGCAAAACGUUUAAUAAUCAAACCAAAAGCAUCGACUGCAUCAAGCUUGACACCAAACCAAAAUAAUACAUCGUUGAAUAUUACAAGAUCACAAGAGACCAGUCCAAUUGUAUCGAGCGACGAACGACGUUUAUCACAAUUGCCAUCAAUAUCGGAACCGGAUAAUAUGCGACGUGUUUCAUGGUUACAUUCCAAUUUGGAUAAAGUACAACAACAAAAUCGUGGCGACACCGAUAUAAAUACAACAAUGCAGGAUUUAGUUUCGACGGCCAAAUCAAAAUCGAGCAACAUCGAUAAGUUAACCACAUCGCCGAGUAUUUUACGACAAGAUCCAAAUCGUGUGAACAUUUCACCGCUACAACAUAAAAGUGUACAUUUUUCGGGGCUUAAUGCAAACGAUAGCCUUUUAUCAACGAAAUCAUUUUUGGACGAUACAAAUGCAGACAUUUCACUUAUCAACACCGAACCACAUCCAACGGGUAUUGUUUUACAACGAUCUGGUUAUUAUACAAUACCACCAUUGGAUAAAUUAACCGAUUAUUUAACUGAAGAUGGUAAAUGUGUGGUAUCCAAUUUUACAAUUGGUCGAAAAGGUUAUGGUAAUGUUUACUUUGGCGAACCAAUCGAUGUUGCCGGCUUAAAUUUGGAUGAACUUGUUCAUUUUCGUCACAAGGAAGUGAUCAUUUAUCCAGAUGACGAGAAUAAGCCACCGGUCGGUGAAGGUUUGAAUCGCAAAGCUCAAAUUACAUUGGACCAAGUUUGGCCACAUGACAAAACAUUACAUGAACCAAUCAAAGAUCGUGAACGAUUAGACGAAUUGAAUUAUGAAUCAAAACUACGGGCUGUUUGUGAUAAACAUGAUACAAGAUUUGUUGAAUAUAGACCGGAAACAGGUAGCUGGGUAUUUAAGGUGGAUCAUUUUUCGAAAUAUGGACUGAGCGACAGCGAUGAAGAGGACAAUGCGGCUGAAGCAAAGAAACUUAAACCAAACCAACCCGGCAAAGAAGGUCUCAAAUCGAAAUUGACUGGAACUAUCCCAAAGACAAACUUAAAUAAAAGCAAAGAGACAACAUUGCAACGCGAUUCAUUAUUUUCACUACAUAAAUCUCAAAGAAUCGGAGCAUAUACUGAGUUGGCUGAUGAUCGGGAAAUGGAAUAUGUAAACUUUAUGACACCAUACGGUCAAUAUCCAGUCCAAGCGACAAGCCCAUCGGCCGACCUGGCCAUGGAAAUGGGCACUGAUCCCACUAAAGUACAAGUGAUGAGAGCGUCUUUUUUCGGCAUGAUGGACGAUGAUGCCGAUGAGUUCGAAUCGAAAUCAGUUAAUUACGAAAUCUAUGGAGAUCGUGAUAGCCCGGAUCAAAUUGUGCCGAGCAAACGUCUAUUUACAUUUCCAUCAACAAAUUCGCUACUUUCCAAGGAAGUGUCCAGUACAACAAGUUCUAGCACUAUUGAAACGCCAAUCUUAAGUCCACCAUUGCCUUCGAUUCGUGAACAUGAUCAAAGAAAAACCGAAUUAAUAUCUGAGCCAAAAAAACUAAUUCAAACAAAGGCAUUCAAGCCAAUUCCAUUGGUGUUGAAGCCAAAAGUAGCAACGAUACGAGCAUCACAGGAAAUUGUAACACUACCUGAGUCCAUUCAAUCGAAAGUUAAGAAUAAAAGCAUUGCGUCUGAUGUUGCAUUGUUCCAUGGGCGUCGAUUUAAAAUCGGCUGGAGUCAUGCAAAUCGUUUGACCAUUUUAACAACAGCAAUGACAUGCAAAAAUCAAAAUCAAUUGACAAACAUCUACAACAUUUCGGAUUUAUUCAAUGGCCGAUCCGAAAACGAUACAUCCAAAUCCGUACUAAAACAAAUAAAAAUAUUUUCAUUACAACCAAACGACAAGAAAACAUUCGAUGCAUCGAUACAAAAUCAUUUAGAGUGUCAAUUGAAAUUUUCGCAACGACAAUCUGUCGUUGAUAGUGAUUGUCCAUACUAUGUGCCAAUCAAUGGAACCGAAGCACUGCAACAGCAAUAUCUAUUAGCCGAUCAAAAUUUUCAUGAUGCGCCAUUGAAUGAAUUUCUAAAAAUAAGCCUUAAUGUAUGGUCAUUGCUUGUUACACUUUGGGGAUAUCAAGAGGAACUCGAUGAAGCUGCCGACGAUGACCACUUUGCCAUAAUGUUGCGUCGUGAUUUGUUCUCAAAAUGGUUGGAAGAGACGGUGACGGAUAAAAAACUAUUGGCUCGAACUGAAUCGCAAGGGAAUUAUUUGCAAAAUUUACACAAAUUACUGACUGCACACAAAGUGAACGAAGCAUGUGACCUUGCAUUUGAAAAUGGUGAUAUGAAUUUGUCAUUGCUAUUGGCACAGACGGGCGGUGGUAAUAUUGUACGUGCUUUGGUCGCAAAACAAUUACAAUCAUGGCGUGAAACUGAAGCCGAUAAAUUUGUUGAUACGCAUCGAAUUAAAGCGAUGAUGCUUACAUCUGGAAUGUCAACAUAUGAAUCGUCACGGGGUUUGGUGAAUAUUUACGAAGAUUUAGACUGGGUUAAAGCAUUAGCGAUAAAUGUUUGGUAUCUGUGCUCACCAACGGCUUCAAUAACGGAUGCACUGCUUAAAUACGAAGAUGCAACUGUUGUAAAUGCAGCCGCACCAUUGCCAUCUUAUUUGAGAAACUAUGAUACCGACAGUUAUAUGGAUCGAAUUCAAGAUAUUCGUUAUCAUUUAUUAAAAUUGUAUUCAAAACGCAGUCAUUCGCUAGAGAAACUAUUGAAUCCAGCUACGCAUAGUGCCGAUUUCAUGGAUUUCCGUCUGAGUUGGCUAUUGUUGCAAGUGCUUAAAAGUAUCGGAUAUCAACAUUGUUCAGCCCAAUCCGAAGCACAAUUGCACGUUUCAUUUGCUAGCCAAUUGGAAAAUUAUGGUCUAUGGCAUUGGUCUAUAUUCGUAUUACUUCAUAUUCCAAAUAAAUCACAACGUGAAUUGGCAAUCCAAGAGAUUUUAUAUCGGUACAUUGACCUCACCAAAAAUGAUGAAUACAAAGAAAAAGAAUCAUUCAUUGUCAAUGAACUCGGAAUACCGGAGAAAUGGAUUUAUUGGGCAAAAGCGGUCAAAGCUGGUGCAUUGAAACAGUAUCGCGAACAGGCUGACUAUUUGCUCAAAGCAAAACAAUGGGCACUGGCUCAUGAAGUGAUUAUGGAUCAAAUCGCUCCUGAUGCUAUUAUUAAUGAUAACACGAGAUACAUAAAAGACUUGUUAGAUCGCUUUGAAGAUCCACGCUUAGUACCGAACUGGGCAAAUCAAGGCAUGAUCAUUUUGGAUUAUCUGGAUAUGAUUGCUAAGAUCGAAAGUCUCAAGACAAUCCAUGAACGUGAUAUUGAGACGCGUUGGGAGGGUAUGAAGCCACAAUUAUCUGAAUUAUGUUCACGCAUCAAUCUAUUUCCAUGUCCGACAUCGAAGCAUCGUUUGUGCCAGAGUGAAAUUGCCCAAGGAUUGGCGAUCUUAGUGAAUGGCAUGGAAAUUCUCUCGUCUGACAUAAAUCCAUGUUUGCUAGUGCAAACAGCAUUAGAGAAAUUACCUUUGCCAGAAGAAUAUGCUAAACAGAAAAUGCGUUCAUUAUUGGACAACAGCAAUUUAAUUGAAAUGCUACAAAACGAUGAAAACUAAACUAUAAAAUUUAACCAAUUGAAUAGAGCGAUAAAUGUUAAGAAUAAUGAAAAAGUUUUGAUUAGAACACAUUUUGUAAUAAUGGAGUAAAAUAAAUUCUGAAAAAAAAAACAAUAAAUAACUCAAAGUCCGAUUAGGAUAUUAGGAAGAUUA